AUGAAGUCUCUACAAACGCUAUCUAAGUCAUCUACAGCUCAGGUUAUUGUGAAUGUGAUUGACACAAAUGACCACUUUCCACGGAUUCGAAUUUUGUCGCCUACAGGUUCUAAAACUCUAGAAAUAAUAGAAGAAUCUCCGCCUGGUCAAGAUAUUGGCAUUCUAGAUGUUUCAGAUGGUGAUACAGGGAAAAAUGCUGAAGUGAACUGUAACCUAACAAAUCAAACAAUUACAGGUGUUCUAAGUCUAAUUCCAAUGAAUAGUGAAAUCAUAGGGAAGGAAGUGGCACUUUCUAAUCGAAAGUACAAGAUAACUCUUGAGAAACGUAUAGACAGAGAGGAAUACCCAGCAUAG